AUGUCGAUUCAGAAGAAACAAGUGACUCUAUACAUUACAAGUCAAUCACCAACUUCCGUCUCGCAGUUCUAUGAUUCGUUUGAAUUUGUUGGCACUGGCGAAUCAAAGACAUCCAUCAACCCCAUUGAGUUUAGGGCCCAGGUAGUUCUCCAUUGUGUCGAGGGUAUCUCCCGGUUCUAUAAAAUAGUAUCGAAGUAUACAACCAUCCAAUAUGACAUGUCUCCACUCCUCAAAAUCCUGAACGACCAAUUUGCUUUGGAAACACUAUAUACGUCAUCUGAGCUGAAGACAGACCCGCUGUGGUCGAACAUAUUAAAGUUAAUGAAAAACUUCUGGUAUGACCAAAGAGUUCAACGGUACAACACGCCACCUUAUCACUUCGAUUUACACCAACUGACUAUUUUAAUGCCACAACUCUCGAAAUAUCUCUCCAUAGAAUAUGCACCAACACAAAAAGACGUAUUUAACGCCCCACUCUUAUCUAUCACAAGAACAACUCAAUUCGAAAUGGAAAACACGGAAAUCUACCUCUCGACUUGGAACCCUGUACUCUCUAACCAGCCGGAAUUGACAAUCACGCAGCCGUCGAUUAUCAUAGUGCCAGUAUGCUUGGAUUGGUACUGCUUUGUGGAUGAGGACAACGAAAACUAUUUGAGGAAGAUGGUGACUUACUUCGACGGAUUUACAACACAUCCCCUUCCAUGUGAAGGGGUAUACUUUGUCCUCUACAAAACUAAUUUCGACACUCUCCUGAAAACCCACCCACUUGCACAGUACUUCCCAGAGUUCGACGCGACCCAAAUCAGUGAAGUUGACUUCAUCAAAGACCUAUUCAAAGAAAGCAAACCAUUCACUACAGGUGAAAUCUGUGUGAUUGUUCUUUCUGUAUUUGACGAAGUACAAAUACUCAAAGUGCCACGAUCGCUCUUUCCUGUUGCGUUGAGUAAGAGUGGAAUUAAUGAGAACAUUACGAAGGGCGGAAAUUAUGAAGUCUUUUCUUACCAUUUUAAAGAGAGUCAAAAGGUGAAGUGGGUAGGUGGUGUCGCGUCGUUCCAAGGGAAGCGUCCGUCCAACGAAGAUGCCGAGUUGAUGACUGAAAAGGUGAAAUUGGAGAACAUCAAAAAAGCGUUUGGGAUUUAUUUAAUAUGUGAUGGUCAUGGUGGUGAUUUAUGUUCCAAAGCCGCUGUGAAGGUCAUCUCGAAGAACAUAUCAUCAUCGAUAUAUAUGGAGAAACGCAUGUUUGCGGGGAUGAUGAAAGAAGUGUUUGAAGAGAGUGAUAGAGAGUUGUGUGGGUUAGAUAUCAUGGGCAGUGGAUGUACUGCGGGUGUUGUUGUGAUCUUUGGGAGGUUUUUAAUAUGUGGGAAUGUUGGGGAUACUGAAAUACUUGUUAUAUCAGAAGGUAAAGAAUACGAAGUACUUUCUAAGAAUCAUAAAGCGAAAGACCCCGAUGAAAGAAAAAGAAUAACGGAAUUGGGAGUGCCAGUGUUUGGUGGGAGAGUCUAUGGAUCGUUGGCCGUGUCAAGGUCACUGGGAGAUAAACAAUAUAAAGGAAAGGGUGCAGUGAUUUCAACACCGUUUGUCACUGUGUAUGAACUCACGAAGAAAAAUAAGGCGUUUGUCAUCUGCUGCGAUGGAGUCUUUGAAACACUCAAGUACGAAGAUGUAACACAACAUGUGUUUGAAGGGAUGGGCGGAAAUAAAACACCACAAAAUAUUGCAGAAGAUAUUGGAACGGACGCGCUCGCAAAGGGAUCAAAUGAUAAUGUAAGUGUUGUCGUUACACUCCUUAAAUGGAAAUAA